AUGUCAUCCUUAUUCGUAGCAUUCUGCUUAGCUAAAAAUGUUACUGGGAAUGACAAGUACAUCUCCGGAACUGCAUUAUACCGAAUUAACCAAACGACUGACAAAUUCAGAGAAAUUACCUUUAAAGGAUUUAUGUCUAAUUCUGACUCCUUGAUAAUGCCUUUUGAAAAAAAUUCAAUCGUAUUCUUUAUCGGCCAUUAUGCUUAUGAAGACCUAGAAUAUGUUACUUUGGUUCAAACUGUUCCAAUUUCUUUUUCCGAAGACAAUUAUGUUCUUGCUCCCGAAGAUCUUCUGAAUUUGUCUUCUUUAUUAAUUUAUACUGCUGCUGUGAUCUCUGAUCCAUAUAUUCCUGAUAAUCAAGAUGGUCGAGAAAGUUUCGUAAUGGCAAGACGAUUAUAUAAUGGCAUCACUAAUAAUAAAAAUGUUGAAUCAAAAGUUAUUGUAUCAUAUACGAAUGAAAACAAUCGUUAUAAUACUAUGAAAAAUAAUUUGAAAAAGACAGUCAUAUCUGUUAUAGGGCGUUUAAAAAUUGGAUCAAAAAAACUUCUCCAUAUUCUCGCUUCUGACAUUGAGUGGACUUAUGUUUCUAAUGAUAUCCAACCUUCAAGUACCACAAACAACACAAAAGUAACUUCUGAAAUUGAACUCGACGAACAUCUUGACAGUAUUGAAGAAAAGUAUGCUACAAUGACAUUGCAACUUCCUCAAAAAAGACAAAGAAUUAAUCUGUGCAACCUUCAAUAUAACAAACAUUCAAAUGAAAAAGCCACUUCACUUAAUUUUGCUGAGCUUAUUUUACAGAUCCAAAAAGAACCUCCUGCUGAAACAACCUACGCUGAAUCCUCCUUAUCAACUGCUAAUCAUGAAUUUUCAUCUCGAGAAAAUAAUCAAAAUAUUCCUUCUUGCGCAACUCGUGUUGAAGACGAAGAUGAAGCUGAUACACUUAUAAGUGAUGAUGAUAAUGAUUCUAUUAAGCUCUCUCAUAUUCAACCUCAAAAUCCAAAACCUGAAACUAAAG